UCCUUCUUCUUUCUUCCUCCUUUACUACUCCGCCAUUAACGAUCUCUCUGUCUCUCUCUAAAGAAAGAAAGAAAUGAAAACGAGCACAAAGCUGAUCCUGGUUCACCCUUCUUCAAUCCACAAGCAAGGACCUGCUGCUGGUUUCCCCCACCGUCUCUGGCUUUUCGUUUUCGUUUCAUUCUUUGCAUUCGCUUUCAUAUGCACUCUCAUCACCUCCAAGGACGCCGCCGCCGUCGCAAGAUCCGGAGCUGCCGCCGCAGCUUCCAACGCCCGUCUUCCAAAACCCAUCUUCGACGCCCUCAUUCACUACGCCUCUGCUAAUUCCACCACCUCCACAACCGCCAGAAUGUCUUCCUCCGAGCUCAAAUCCGUCGCUUCCGUUCUCCGCCGCUGCGCUUCCCCGUGUAAUUUCCUCGUUUUCGGUCUUACCCACGAAACCCUCCUCUGGAAUUCGAUCAAUCACAAGGGAAGAACUGUAAUCGUGGAUGAAAGCUCGUACAUGGUUGGGAAAAUUGAAGAGAAGCAUCCGGAAAUUGAAGUGUAUGAUGUUCAAUUCACGACGAAGGUGAGCGAAUUGCACGAUCUGAUUGAACACGCGAGGGAGCAGGUUCGUAACGAUUGUCGACCUGUACAGAAUCUUCUGUUCUCCGACUGUAAAUUGGGAAUCAAUGACCUUCCAAAUCACAUAUAUGAGAUCCCUUGGGAUGUGAUUUUGGUUGACGGACCAAGAGGGUAUUAUCCGGCAGCUCCGGGGAGAAUGUCGGCAAUAUUUACGGCGGCGGUGCUAGCUAGGAGCAAGAGAGGAAUUAGUGGGUCGACGGGGAAGACGGAUGUAUUCGUGCAUGAAUUCGAGAGAGAGGUGGAGAAAGUGUGCGGAGAAGAGUUCUUAUGUAGAGAGAACUUGAUCGAAACAAAGGGUUCGUUGGCGCAUUUCGUGGUGGAGAAAAUGGGGGCGACAAAAUCAAUAGAAUUCUGUCCAAACAAUCAUUCUGGGUCGUGAUUGAUCUUCUUCAGAUUGUCACUUAAUUUGCUUUGUUGUCGUAGAAUCAUCGGUCAUCGUCAACGAUGAUGAACCAGAGAGAAGAAGACGACGACGACGAGGUGGAUUCAUUUGGCAAACCCCCACCCCUGUCCUUGUGUAUUAUUUUUAUAUAAUAGUUUCUCUACUAAUUAAGGUUUUAAUUUUAUACUAGUUAAUUAAUUUAUUAUUGUUAGGCCGCUACUUA